AAGACUGAGACGUAAACAGGGUACUUGCACUAUUUCAACUAACCAUACAUUUCAAGAAAAUUUCCCCCGAGUUCCAUUCGGGAAGCUUGAGGGCACGUCUUCUCUCGAAUAAGGAUCACACGGACCUCGGCUCUCUUCGGUAUCAACGAAGUAGGCUGAUGGAGUUUCUAAACGAAUCAGGCUUCGUCGACUUCAGACACCUGCAACUGUACAACGAGUCGCUGUUUCAGAACCACUCUGCUAACGACACAGAGGAGAAUUUUCUCCCCAGCGGCUUGAAGAUCACCAUCGUAAUGGUGUACAUGAUUGUCUGCGUGGUGGGUCUGGUGGGGAACUGUCUGGUCAUGUACGUGAUCAUCAGGUACACCAAAAUGAAGACGGCCACCAACAUCUAUAUCUUCAACCUGGCUCUAGCUGACGCGUUGGUGCUGGCCACCUUACCCUUCCAGGGCACCGACGUCUACCUGGGCUUCUGGCCGUUCGGGAACGCUCUGUGCAAGGCGGUGAUCUCCAUCGACUACUACAACAUGUUCACGAGCACCUUUACGCUGACGGUGAUGAGCAUGGACCGAUACGUGGCCGUGUGCCACCCCGUCAAGGCCCUGGACAUGCGGACGCCCCACAAGGCAAAGCUGGUCAACAUCGGCGUGUGGGUGCUGGCCUCGGCCUUCGGCGUGCCGGCAAUGGUCAUGGGCAACAUGGACCUGGAGGAAGGCAUUGAGUGCAUCAUCGCCCUGCCCCACCCGCGCAGCUACUGGGACCCGGUGUUCGGCACGUGCGUGUUCCUGUUCUCCUUCCUGAUCCCCGUGGCCAUCAUCAGCGUGUGCUACAGCCUGAUGGUGAAGCGUCUGCGCAGCGUGCGCAUCCUGUCCGGCUCCAAGGAGAAGGACCGCAACCUGCGGCGCAUCACGCGCAUGGUGCUGGUGGUGGUGGCCGUGUUCGUGGUGUGCUGGACGCCGGUGCAGAUCAUGGCGCUGGCCAAGACGCUGGGCUUCAACCUGCACAGCCUGCUGACGGUGGUGCUCAUGCACUUCUGCAUCGCCCUGGGCUACGUCAACAGCAGCCUCAACCCGGUGCUCUACGCCUUCCUGGACGAGAACUUCAAGCGCUGCUUCGGCGAGUUCUGCUACCCGUCGCCGUUCCGCCUGGACGGCCAGCCCUCGGGCCGCAUGCGCAGCAUCGCCCGCGAGGUGGCCUACAACUGCAAGACGGUGGACGGCAACACCAACCCCGCGUGACUAGGCGUGGAACUGCCGCUGAUGGGCGGCGAGCCGACGGCCAACCAGGGGACAGGCUGCUCCAACAGCGAGCUGACGCAGAUCACCACGCUCUAGCGCCACGCGAGCCCCUGCACGGCCAGGGGUCAGGGGCGAGGUCGUCGCCAAGGUCAACGCCAGGCGUGACCGACCGCCGAUUCUUUCGGGACAAAGGGGCUCUCCUCUCAGUGUCUUAUUCACGUCCUUAACGUACUCAGUGUCCUCAGCUGCGUCUCCUCAGUUCUCUCGCCAUCUUCGGGCUUCAGUGCUUUGUACAUAAUACUGUUUCCGCUAGCUUGGAUCGUUUGUCAUUUCUGUCACAUUCUGUCACAUUUGAAAUAAUCAGUUCUGUACCUGAGAGGAACAAAAACAAAACAAAACAAACAAAAAAAAAAGACUGACCUACAUGGCCUUAAAUUUUGCACAAUGUCUGUUUAAGCUAUCUGUGUGAAGUAUGUGGAUCAAUGCCAGCAGGUGCUUCACUGUAUGUUUUAUCUAUUAUCUUAUUUAUUUAUAGUACUGAUGCAGCCUGUUGGGUGACAUUCAUGGUAAUGCAGAGGUAGGCUGACAUGGGGAAACAUCAUAUAUAUAUAAAAAAAACACCGAGACUUAGCAAUUUAAGCCUGAGUUUGCUACAGAGGUGAAAUAGCUAAAACUAAUUUCUGUAUUUUUGCUGUUUUUUCCUGAUACAAAAAAAGAGAAAGAAAUCAUACGAUAUUUUAUAUUGCAUAGUGUUUUGUAGCUCAAUGUUAGGGCAAGUGAUUUAAACAGGACAAGAGUAUUGCAGAUCAAUCUUCUUUCUGUGGUGUUAUAUUGAUAUAUGCAUACAUUGUACUCCUGUGUGUAUGGGUGUAAGUAUUGUACAAGUCAUCAGACUCUCAUGACCUCUAUCUCGAAUGUCUUUUCUUCUCACCGUGUGCAGUAUCUCGCCUCUCAGCGCCUGAUAGAGACCCCUCUUUUUUUCUUGUGGGGGGGGGCUCUCAGCAGGGUGUGUUUCGCCAGACCGCUGAAUGUCUACAAACUGUUGAUGAAGCCAAAUCUCGCAAAAAAAAGGGAGAGAGGAAGAGAGAGAAAAAAACAUGAUCACAGCGUUUUUUAAAAAGUGUGCAAAAUAGUGUAAACAUACUUGUAACUGCUGUAAACUGUAAUUGAUAUCGUAACAUGACAUGUUUACUUGUGCACUUGCUGCAUAUUGAUUAGCUAUUUAUGAAUAUAUAUAUACACAUAUAUAUUUAUUCGCCGGUGGACAGGAAAAAGUUGGUUGUCGGACAGUUAUUGACCGCUGAGGCUUUUAAACAUUUUGAGUCAUAUAUUUUUCUCUGCAUAUCAAUUAAAUUGCAGUGA